AUGGAACGAAACUUUGCUUGUUUCCUUGACAUCUUCAAGAAAUUGGAGAUAACUAUCCCUUUUGGAGAAGCCUUGCAACAAAUGUCACUCUACUCUAAGUUUCUGAAAGAUUUGCUGACCAAGAAGGGCAAAUAUAUCCACAGUGAUAAUAUUGUGGUGGAGGGAAACUGUUGUGCUGUUAUUCAAAGAAUCCUUCCACCUAAAUACAAGGAUCUAGGGAGUGUCACCAUCCCUUGCUCUAUUGGUUCAGUGUCUGUUGGGAAAGCUCUCAUUAAAUUGGGGGCCAACAUAAGUUUAAUGCCUCUCUCCAUGUGCAGAAGAAUUGGAGAGCUGGAUAUUAUGCCAACAAGAAUGACAUUGCAGCUAGUAGAUCGAUCUAUCACAAGGCCUUAUGGCGUGGUUAAAGAUGUUUUGCUUAAGGUGCGACAAUUCACCUUCCCUGUAGACUUCGUGAUCAUGGACAUUGAAGAGCAUGCUGAAAUCCCACUAAUUUUGGGUCGUCCUUUCAUGCUAACCGCCAAUUGUGUGGUGGAUAUGGGGAAAGGUAAUUUGGAAAUGAGCGUGAUGAUCAGAAAAAUACAUUUAAUCUAUUUGAAGCCAUGA